GCUACCUAGGUAGGUAGGUGUAGGAUAGCUUCAAUUCUAGGUUACAGACCCUCCUUACUCUUGCACUCAAGAUCGCCCGCAUUAUAGCACUGACAUUGGCCUCGUUCUGUGUGUAUAGAAUGCUUUGAAUAUCACCUCUAGUCUCAUCGGGUCAUGGCAGCAGCGUAGAAGCUUGACAAUGCCUCAUAAUAGGCUAGAGUCGGAUUCCGCACCCUAAUAUCCACCUUACUAACCCUCAUUUAUUCAUCUCGUCACUCACUUACCAUCGCGUUCCACGAUCUCUACCUCACACGGUCACCAUCGCGGCCCCUGCGGCCGCGUCUCAGAUCCGAUCCUAUCCGACUUGUAUCAAUACCCACCUGCAGGCGCCCUUCCUCCGAUGUCGACUUCGCGCGCCCUCUCCCUUCGACCCCGUCUCCCCUCCGUCCCUCCCCUUCCUCUGCGACGCGCUUUCAUAACCCUCCCCUCGGCCCCGGCCCUCGAGCCGCGGCUCCUGACUGCCGCCCGCCGGCUGCCCUACCACCACGAACGCCUCUACGAGCUCGUCGCCGACGUCGACGCCUACUCCCGCUUCCUGCCGUACUGCACGCACUCGCGCGUCACCCGGUGGUCCGCGCCCUAUCCCGCUUCCCCCGCCUCCUCCUCUGCCUCUUCGCCGAAUGAUCUCGACGCCGACGCCGCGGGUGCCGAGGGGGCCGGCCGCCGCUGGCCCCUCUGCGCCGACCUGACCGCCGGUUGGGGCAACUUCGUCGAGACCUACACGAGCCGCCUCGUCUGCGUGCCCGCGCUCGGCGUCGUCGAGGCAGUCAGCGGGCCCGACGGCCGCUCCGAGCUCUCUGCCGCUGAGCGCCGCCGCUACGGCCUCCCCCCCGAGGAUGGGGGCCUCGGCCGGCCUGGGGAACUCGGCGGCCGUAGUGGAGUGUUCAAGAGCCUCGUGACGCGGUGGACUGUGCGACCGGCCCCCCCGGCUGCCGACACCUCCGGCCACGACUGGAGCGACGUUCGGCUCACCAUUAAGUACCAGUUUGCGAACCCGCUCUACAUGGUUGUUGGUGCUGCCGUCGCCGACAAGAUCGCCCCCGUUAUGGUCGACGCCUUCGUUAAAGAGGCCCGGCGCGCCCUCGGCGAGACCGGGAGGGUCGCGCAAACCUUGCGGUAGGAAUGGGGGGCCGGGAGGGAGGCGUUUCAGGAAGACAAGGCGAUGGGGACCUGUCUCGUAGAUCACCCGCGGCCGAUACGACACGCGUACGGCAUAACGACGAAAUAUGAAGUAAUAUAUAUAGAUAUAGAGGGCUUCCGUGGCCGACGGGGCGCCGAUAACAGAGGACCAAUGAAGGGUCGAAGUCCAACAUUGCGAUAGAAGGAAAAGAGGGAUAAUAGAAUUGUCUGUCACCUUCGCACGGCAUGGCUUCCACGAGUAAGUCUGGAUAGCGCCGAGUUCUCUACAACACAGUUCCGACUCGAGAGCGGGAGAAGUUAGAACACAACGUCGAGGGAUUCCGACUCGUCAUAGCAGCGUCAACGAGGGACACGCACGUAUUCGCUCUUUCAACGAAGAAUCAAUUCAAGACAUCACUCCGAGCUUACAUAUGUUUAAUUCCGAGCGUUAUAGACAGAUAAUGGGUCGGUCCCCGGUCCAUCUUUGGUUCCUCAUUCCCAUCUUUCCUAGACUGGGCGCCGUUCAGAAAUACGGAUAAAGCUUAACCAAAUAUUCGCCGUCUUGAAAAGGAGAAAUUCAUGCCUACUUGUCUUUCCUUCUCGCACGCCUAAUCAACCUGCCGCCAACGAAACACUG